AAAGAGUGUUGUUGAUGGAGGAACAGAAGCAGGUGAAGGUGAGUGAACCUCAGGCGGACAUGAGCUCAGUUUGUCUUCGUCCUUCUAUAUCAGUCCAGCGGAUGUGCCUUGGAGAUGAGACUAAUUAAUGGCGACGACCCUUCAAAUGACGACCGGAGCAAUGAGAGAGAAUUUGUAGGUUUUGUGUCGUGUCCUUGCGUUUGGGCCUGAAUGACGUCCGGACGGGGUCGACGGUGUGGACGACAACAGAACUAUAUAAAAGACAGUUGUCCUUCCCCCUGUGGGGUGAUAAGAAGAUCAGAUGACUCCCCUUCACAAAAAGCAGAAGAUGAUGAUGUGGUCCCACACCAACCUCCAGAGAGCUGCUGGGAUGGACCCGUCCAACAAGCAGAAAGUCCUGGUGCUCGUCUUGACGUUGCUGCUGUCCCAGCUGACCUGCGACGCUCACAGCCUGUCUGAGUGCUGCAGACAAACGUCCCGCUCCUGUCGCCUUUACGUGUUGCUGUGUCGCUCCGGCGGAAAGGACACGGGGGGGACGCUCGCAGGAGACGCCGCCGCUGGCAUCCUCACCCUGGGCAAGCGGGAGGAGGAUGAGCAUCGCCUGCACAGCCGACUCCACCAGCUCCUGCAGGUCUCCAGGAACCAGGCGGCCGGGAUCCUGACGAUGGGGAAGAGGACAGAGGAGAGCGCUGGAGAGCGGUACAUGGACUGGAUGGCUCGAUCAGGGGUCACCAUCACAACACCCCUUCCUGUGUGACGACAAACUUAUACCUCAUGGUACAAAUAUACUGGGACACUGUUAAAAUGUAGGUAUUAAAAUCAUUAUUAUUUAUUUGUUGAGUAGUAUCAGUUAAAAAUAUAUAUUUUUGUCAUUUUUUGAAUGUGAUAUUAUUUGCAUUUGCCUGUCACAUAGAUGUGUGAUAUUGUAUAUGUACAGUAUGUGCAAUAAAACAAGGGUCCAAGGAUAAAACAUUAUUGGUAUGAAUACAUUUUGUAACAGACUCUAA